UCUGCUUUUUAAUGUGUGCGGGGAGGGGGUCAGUGCGUGUGUCUCAGUUUGUGAAUUUGUGGAUUUAUCGUGUUGUUUUUGUUGUCACUAUCCCUAAAAGCUGCAGUGCGGCCUUUUGAGUGCCUUUCCUGGGUUUUGUGUUUGAGAAUCAGAGAUGCUGCCUCCAUCACAAGUCAGGAGGACAUGGAGAGUGACGGACGGGCCGCAGAGGAUUUGACAACAACAGACAGCACUAGUUCCUGAGGCCUCGCUGAGCCCAGGAAUGGCCCGGCCAUUUCAGGCCGAGACUCUUGUCUGCUCACUGCUGGUCCUCCUAUGUAUGCACACAGCCACAGGAAUGUCGGGGUGGGGUGGAUGUUUGGAUGGUCAGGAUGUAUUUGCGACCAUCAGAGAAAACAGCCUUCCUGGUGAAGCUGUUGCUGAGCUCAUGGCUGACACCACAAUGGAGGGGGCUCACUGGAGCCUGCAUGGAAAGGACGCCGACUGGUUCUUCUUGGAUGAAAAUUACAUCCGGUUGAACACGUCGGCUGACAAGGCUCUUGACCGAGAGGCCCAGGGUCCUGUCCUCAUGGCUGAGCUGUCAUGUUAUGAGGAGGACACUCUUCAGAGUGUGUACAGGGUCAUGGUGGAGAUACUCAAUGAGAAUGAUAACUCGCCUGUGUUUGCAGAAAACUCCACCCAGUCUCUUAUUAUCAGUGAGCUGACGCCAGUAGACACUGUGAUCUUUACUGUCCAGGCCGUGGAUGCAGACAACGACAUGAUCAUUUACUCCAUCGACCUGACAUCACCCGAUGCAGAUUACUUUAAGAUUGAUCUCCCAAACAGUGGAGAAGUGAUCCUGUCCAAGCCUCUGGACUAUGAGGCUAAACCUCUGCUUACUGUAACCAUCCAUGCCUCGGAAAUGAGCACUGCAGAGCACUUCAACACCAGCACCAGCAUCAACAUCACCAUCCUGGACGGAGAUGACCAUUACCCACAGUUCUUGCCUUGCACGCUGCUUUUCCGAGACGAGACCAGUCACAUCUGCACCAGCCCUGUGUACACAGUCAAUGUCACUGAGGGGGAGGAGGACAUUGUGCUGGACUUCUCUCCUGGUCCCAUUUAUGCAGUGGAUGGAGACAGUGGACUCAGCACUCCACUCAGUUAUGCCAUUCUCUCGGGAGACAACGAAGGCCGUUUCCUGAUGGAUAGAGUGACAGGGGAGAUGAAACUGACUCGGGGGGUGACAGACAGACUUACAACUCCAACGCUGCAUCUUCAGGUCAUGGCAUACCAGGACAAUGACCCCAGGAAGUACUCCGUUGCUACAGUGCUGGUCCGAAUUCUGGCAGUGAACCACUUUUAUCCAGCAUUCGACAAAGCUGAAUAUCACGGCUUUGUAACUGCUGGAAAGAGCCCCGCAUCUCUGGUCGAUACCUAUGGCGGCAAAGUAUUGAUGUUACAUGUACAAGACCAGGACUUUGAGAUGGGCUACAACCCCCUGAUCUACUUCACCUUCAACUGUACAUCCAAUCACACAGACAUCUACCAACUCACGCAGGAGGGCCUUCUGAUUGCCAGAACCAAUCAACUCAAACCAAAACAGAAACACAUUCUUGAGGUAAAGGCGAGAGACCAAGAAUCCGGCGAUGCCGCCUUUACUACCGUAAUGAUUGAGGUGUUAACUGAAGGACAAUCAAUUCCCCUAAGUGCACUGGGAAAUGACCGCCUGACAGGCUGCACUGUGGGAAAAGCGUUCUUCCUGAGUGUGGUAUUCAUGACCGUGCUCGGAUGCAUCUUGUCUCUGGUCAUGUGGCUGAAGAGGAAACACAAAGGAAAGAGGGACCCACUGGAGAGAGGAUGUGUGGCUCAGGGAAAACACCCCAAUGUGAGUUUACGGUGUUUCCAUCUGGUGAGUCACCGCAGUGCCAUGCCGCACAUGGAUGAAGUUCCCUCUAACAAUGCAGAUAAUGGAACCUGCAAUCCUUCCUUCAGCUUCCCCGACAAACCUGGUAUGUACACCCUCCAAGACCUCCCCUCUUACCGAGGACCUGUUCCACCUACAACGACUGCUGCACCCGACACCAGCUUCAUCCCGGCUGAAAGUGUCUGCAGCCCUGAGGAUAAAAAAGUUUCUACACCAACCAAAAGCUCCAGCAGUUCAUCCAUCUUUCACCCAGCUCCGGUGGAUGUGAACCCUACAGACAUGGCUAAAGAUUCUGUGCAACCCGAAGAAAACCUUGACUCACCACCCGCUUCACCCUUGGAACCGUCUGAGGCAUUACCGCACACCAGCCCUAGCCUGGUAACACAUGUCACGAGUCCUGAUCCACAAACUUUGCCAACAACCGCCAAUGAUGACACUGCCGACCCUGUAACCAGCCCCUCCUCUCAAACCUGUGCUCCACUUGGUCACAACCGAAUCACUGCAGCAGAAAUAGACAAGCCCUUCCGCAAACCUCGUGUGAAGACGCCCCCAUAUUCACCUUUACUGUCCUCCUCCCACCCCAAGCAGACGAGCACACCCCCAACGACCCCAGAGCAGGCGCCUCUAAAAGCCAAGCUGGUACAUAUAGAUUCUUCACCUCUUGAUACACCUCCAGUGACACCAGAGCUAACAUCUAUGACUCUAAACACAGAGGAAGACCAACCGUCCACAUCACUGGACCAAAUAGACCAACCAGAGCACUCAGGUGCAGAUGCUGGCAGUCCAUCUCAGGCCAGAGGGGCCUCCGCGAACUCAGGAAACACCCAGGACGGCCGCGGGACGGGGGAUGAGGAUGGCUUUCUGGGAGAGGAAGAGGCAGACAAGAACAGUGAGGAUGACGAUGAGUUAGAGUCGGACGAAGAAGAGUUGCUGAGAGUGAUGGCUCGAUGCAACCCUUAUUUUAUCACAUUUAAUAAGAACUGAAGAGGCCUGGUGGACUGGAGGUGAAACAUGUUCAUGAAACACAAGCAAGUCCAGUUGCCUAUAUGUGCACAUGUACAACUCCUGAAUAAAAAAACAUGACAGGGACUGAGUCUGAUGGGGCAGAACACAAUGUGUGGAGGAUGUACAGCGUAGAUGGAUGACAGACAGAGGACAGGGGACACGAAAAAAAAACGUCAAAGAUGAUUCUGCUGUGCUUUAGUUGCAACUGAGAUGCCACAUUAGAAAGACACGCAUAUGUUCGAACACACACACUGGACUGAUUGUAGAAACUUAACUCACGUAAAUGUUAACCAAUUACAAUGCACACUUCUGCUACAUCCAUAUCACAUGUUUAGCCUAGCUGACAGGUACAGUAUACGAGUGACCUUGAAUGCACAAAAACCAACAUUUUCAAUAAAAAUUACUA